AUGAAUUUUAUCUUCAAGUCAAUAUCAAGCUUUCAGUUUCCAUAUACUCUUCAUAGCGAUACGGCCUUUAGCACGCCAUUUUGGGAGGUUCAGCAGGGUACUAGGAAAUCGGACUCCUUACCUGUUACAUUGUUUGCUUACUCUAAACAAGAUUCCAAAAAUGCAUUGUUGGAAGAGUUUAUUCGAAAUGCAGUUCAUAAGGCAAAGACCUUAAAAUUACCGGGUUUGGUCCGAGUUUUGGAUGUGCUUGAUUCGGACCCUAAUAUGACUUACAUAGUUACGGAAAGAGUCCAGCGGUUAUUUCCCGAGAUCUUAAAGAAUAUCAGUGAAGAUGCAAUCUCUUUGGGACUUUAUCAGGUUUUGGGGACGUUAAAGCUUCUGCAUGAACGGGCGUCAGUUCUGUUGGGCACUUUAGCUAAGGGUAACGUUUACGUAAACGAUCGUGGCGAAUGGUGUCUCUUUGGUUUAGAACUUUGCACGUCAAAAGGUCAACUUCAAAACCUUAAAGUUAGUAUGAAGACAUAUAUGUCGCUUGUGGAUAAUAGUGCUUAUGCUCUGCCUACAAAGGAGUCUUUGAAUAUUGAUUCUGUUCAUUUGGCAGCUCUAAUUAAAGAUGUUUAUGGUCCCAAGGUCCCUGGCUCAUGGAAAUCACAACUAAAUGGUCUAUCUCAAGGAAGAUGUACAGUAUCCGAAUUUGCUUCCUUUGUUAGUCGUACUGCUCCAUUUCAAUGCCAACUAAUCGCUGUGUAUGAGCAUUUGAAAGAAGUACAUAUUAAAGAUGACGCUGGUAAAAUGUUAGCAGUUAAUGAGAUCCAAGCCAUCAUAAUGGAGAAUCCAGGAAUUCUGUGCGGCAGUGCACCUGGUUUUGUUGAUAACUAUUUAAUUCAAGUAUUGGCAGAAACUAUUCAAAUAGGUAUGAAUGCCAAUAGGUUAAGGCCUGAAACAGCGAAUUUUACAAAUAUAGUUCCACUCGUAGCAAGUAUACUUGAAUUAUCGUGCUCGAAGUCUAAGGCCGUACAGUUUGAAAGCACUUUUGAUAAGUACGUGAAACCGCUAAUUUUUGACAACUACAAAAUAUCUGACCGUCAACUGAGAUACUUGCUGUUGUUGUACAUACCGGGUUAUGUGGAUAAGCUUACUAAGAAUGAACUACAAAAUCAAGUAUUUCCAUAUUUUAUUCAAGGCAUGGUUGAUUCUGAUUUCACUAUCAGAUUCCAGACUUUAAAGCGGACUAGCUUUAUGGUGGGAAAGAUCACUGAGCGUCAAUUGAACAAUGAUUUAUUGAGACAUCUAGCUAAAACACAAGUUGACUCGGAAAUUGAUAUCCGUAUGUGGACUAUACUUACAAUAACUGAGAUUGCCGAUAAGUUAUCAAGUAAUGAAAGAUCUAGUAUAUUAGGUACAGCUUUUAGUAAGUCAUUGAAGGACCCAGCUAUCUUACCAAGGGUUGCUGCACUCUACGGAUUGAAGAAGAGUUUGCAUUUAUUUGAUGCCGAGACCAUUGCCAAUAAGAUAUUAAGCGUCGUCGCGCCUGGUUUAUUAGAUAAGAAUAAGCAAGUCAGGUCUCAAGCAAAAGAAGUCUUCGAGUUAUAUUUGAAGAAGUUAGUCGAACGCUCUGUUUCAGUUGAAGAUACCACUACAGGCGAAGAUUUUGUUGAUGUAGACUUUGAUUCCAUGCUAAGCUCAUCUCAGGAUGACUUGGUCAAUAAUUUCUUAGACAAUUUGAAAAUAUCCGCUAAAACUAAUAAAAAUGUACUUACGAGAACGGCUAAUAGCGAUGAGUGGGAUGAUGUCACUGCAGAUGAUAGUUGGAGUGAAGUAGAAGUGGAAAAGAGUAACAAAUUACCUAUUAAUAGUAAUGCUUCUAAGUUAACUUCAAAAAAUAGUGAUAUGAAAACCCAAGUUUCCACUUUCGGAGAAGUUGCUGCUACGAAACCUACUUUUGGUUCGGUUAAAGUUCAAAAAUCUUGGAAUGAAGAGCUAAAUGACGGAGACGACGGCAAUGAUUCAUGGGCCGCUUGGGAUAAUGAAAACAAAAAUACCAGAAGUAGAAAGGUUCACACAACGGUCAAGACCGCUAAAGCUGUAAAACCAGUUAGCAUUAAGAAAACUGCAUCAAAAGAUUUGAAGAAGGUAAUUGACGAUAAUGGCUGGAAUGAUGGAGACGAUGGCUGGACUGAUGAAUGGUAA